UUACUACACAGAGAAGAAGAACCAACGAAGAAGUCAGCGCAGCAGCGACCAUAUCAAUAUGGUGUAGGAAAUAACUCCUAAACAUGGACAAAAAGAAGAAACCCUUCGCCGUGACUGCUUCAUCGCUGGUGGACCUUAAAGCUGAACUGUACAGGAAGCAGGAACAAUUCAAACAGGAAAAACUUGGCCAUGAAAAUAGUGGAGCUGGAUUCACAUCAAAACCCAAAAUCAAGAAACCUAAUGUCUGGAGUAAACAAAACACUGGGGUUUCUGCAAGAGCUGAGAAAGAUGCUGAGCAGCUGGCUGAGGAGCAGACCAGCCUGGACACAUCAAGACGCAAGUUGGAGGAGAAGGCCAAACUCUAUGAGCAGAUGACAAAGGGAGACUUUCCUGAUGAAGAGACGGAGGGACUGUUCCUGGUGGAUUUCACCCAAAAGAUUAUUGACAAAAAGAGAGAAAUGUAUGCACAGAAGGAAACGGAUAGAAAGGAUGAGGAAAGCGACAACUCAUCUGUCCCCCCUCCUCAAAACCCAGAUGAGGAAUGGGUGGAUUAUGUUGACGCUUUGGGCCGAUCUCGAAGAUGCAUGAAGAAAGACCUGCCAGGUUUUAGGAAAAUGGACCAAGACUUUAAAGGAAAAGGAAAAGCUUCAGAUGAUAAGACCUUACUCUCGGAGGAUAUGCGUCGAGAGCUGCAGAGGCAGGAGUGGGAGAGGGAGGAAGAGGAGGCUAUGAAGAGACCUGUAGGGCCGAUACACUACGAGGAUAUUAGGGGACAAGAGGCUCGAGAUCUCGGUGUAGGUUACUUUGCGUUCGCUCAUGAUGAAGAGCAACGCAGAAAGCAGAGAGAAACUCUGGACAUGCUGAGAGACCAGACAACAGAUCAGCGCACCAAGAGGGAACAACUGAAGGACAAGAGGCAGGCCAUCCUGCGGGCCCGCUUGGCCAAAGUGAGGCAGAGGAAGAUGAAGAAGGCCAAACUGGAUGGCACUGAGGACGAGCAGGGAGAGGGAGAGACUGAAGGAGGGGAGGAUGAAGGUGAAUUUUUAGGGUCCUCUCCUCCACCGGAAGACUCCCCAGAAAUAAGCACAGUGAAGAAGGUGGUAGUGGAGAUCCAGGAAAGGAAGGACACCAAACCAGGAGUUCCUCAUGUCAGAGAAUGGGACAGAGGCAAAGAAUUUAUGUUUACCGAGUGGACAACUCGGCGUCGCGAAGAGCGAGAUUCCGAUUUUGCUCCUCCCUCUGCGUACUUUACUGAGGGGAAGAGACCAUUGAAGUUUCAAAAUAAGGAGAAUAAAUCCAAUAUGUCCUUUAAGUGGACCAAAGACCCAGCAGAAAUCUCUGAGAGCAAGGAGGAACCGCAGUCUCAGGCUGAAGCAGUUCCUUCCCCUCCUCCUCCUCCUCCUCCUCAAAAGCAAAGUCCUCCACCUCCAUCACAACCACAGCCUUCAUCGCAGGCAUCACCUACCAAUCACCCAGCAGAUUCGGCUCCUUUGACUGCUCCUCCUUUUAAUCUCCAGUAUCCUACUCCUCCGCUUUAUCCUCAAUUUUCUUCUCCUCAUUUUGCUGGACCGCAUCAGUUACCUCCCCUGUUUCCCCCACAGUACCCAAACCACUAUUCACCCCAGUGUCCCCCUCAGUUUCAGCCCCAGUAUCCCCCCCAGUAUCCCCCCCAGUAUCACCCCCCGUAUCCCUCCCAUUAUCCUGCCCAGUAUACCCACCAGUACCCCGCCCAGUAUCCUCCUCAGAAUCCACCCGGGUAUGCAGCUCCCAGCCAGCCUCAGCCUCCGCCGCCUGGAGAGACCAGCCAUGCUCCUCAGCCCACAGAGAGUCUGGACGACAUGCUUUCCUUUUACAGGAACACUACUUUGUCAUAAUUAACGUGUAGUUGCUUCAAACUGAAGUGUUAAUACAUGGAGUUUUAGAAUUGAAUAAAUACCAAGAAAUUA